AAAAAUCUUUAAAGACUAUAACACAGAGAGAAAAAGAGACCAGAAGAAAAACACAAGAGAGUGAAGAGCUCAAAAUAAUGGGGUUGGAGUAAAGGUGGUGCAGACAGAAAACAGCUCCUGACUCUGCAACACUUCACUGUCAACUCUUUUACUCUGAUCAUUCUAUUUAACUAGAAGUAACUCUAAAGGGACAAAGAAGGACAAGAGCAAAGAAGAGAGACGCUCUGAGGACGGAGAAAAGCAGCAAGCCUUGGCUGAGGUGAGGAAGAAGCAGUUGUGUGGGAGAGCAGAGGCGAAGAGGAGCAGCUAAAGACGGGAGUGGAGGAGUAAGGCGCCCCAUUCUUCCAGCAAAGUGAGAGAGGAAAAAGGAAAGAAGAAGAAGAAAGGAGCAAUAAAGAGUUGGGGAAGGAGGGAGACGAGUCGGCUGGACAUGGGGCUUUGUGCUGUUCUCCUCAUCUGUCUCUCCCAGGCUGAGCUGGGCAGAGUCUGGGCUCAAGAGCAUGGAGAUGCACUGAGUCGAUCUAAUCUGUGGACGGAUGGGUACCUGACUACAUUUCACAGAACCAAGAGAGACCAGAAGACCCCACAGAGAGGAGCCCAGCAGUCUACUGGUGGAAGAGGACUUGAUAUCAGCACCCUGCCUGGCAAUGUCACCCAAAUUGUGGAGGACUCCACUAAGUACUACACAUGGCAGAGUUUUGGUCCAACAGACAGACGGACUAAAGAGUUGUGGGUAGAUCAGAACGCCCUGCACCAGAGUCAAGUCCAAAUUCACGGCAUCCUGUCCAAUGCACACCAGCGUGCAGCGAGGGUGGCACUCUCUUUUGAUUUCCCAUUUUAUGGACACAACUUGAGGCAAGUCAUCGUGGCGACUGGUGGUUUUAUGUACAUGGGAGACAUCACUCAUCGAAUGCUGACUGCCACACAGUACAUCGCUCCCCUCAUGGCCAACUUUGACCCUGGCUACUCCAAAAACUCAACAGUGAGGUUUUCUGACAACGGUAAUCUGUUUGUGGUGCAGUGGGACAACGUGAGGUUACAUGACCAAGCUGCUGAGGGGCCCUUUACUUUCCAGGCGGUCCUACACAAAAAUGGAAGCGUUGUUUUCAACUACAGACAGAUUCCUAUGUCAGUGGAGAGGAUUGAUGCCAAGGAUCAUCCAGUGAAAGUAGGACUGUCUGAAGCUUUCAUGAUGCCAAUUCAGUCAGAAAAGGGGGAGCAAUUUACCAUCUAUGAGUACCAUCGUGUUGAGAUAAACUUCACAAAGAUUGUAAGCGGCUCUGCUUUCGAGUUCACACCUCUUCCCACUUGUAUCCAACACAAAUCCUGUGAUCUCUGCUUAUCAUCCAACCUGACAACCGACUGCGGCUGGUGUAACACACUUCAACGAUGCUCUGAUGGGAUUGAUAGGCAUAGACAGGAGUGGCUACAAUACAACUGUACCGCUGAGGCAAAAAGCACAUGUGAUGAAUACAACCCGGUCCUACCUGAGGGAUCAACGGGCAUCGUCAACCUCUCCUCUCCAGGUCCAACACCAACAUCAGCCGUGCUCAGAGAUCAUCCUGUCACUCGAGAUUUAGACACAAGUCCUCCAAACCCUAAGGGGAUAACAGAGAACACAGCCAUCAUAGCAGGUGUAGUGGCUGCACUAGUUCUGCUAGUAGCUCUGACCUUACUGGCUGUCUAUUACAUUAACACACAUCCCACAGUGGCUCCACCAUUCUACCUCAUGCAGCGACGCACCAAUAACUACUGGCCGUCUAUGAAGUUUCGUAACCAAGGCUGCCACUCCAAUUACGCUGAAGUCGAGCUGGGAGGUCAUGAAAAGGAAGGGUUCAUUGAAGCUGAGCAGUGCUGUUAAGGAUGCUGGACUUGCAGGACUCAGAAAGAGGCAGGAAGGACACCAACUAAAGGAUUGUAAAGGGGAUGAAAAUGGACAAUCAGGCCGACCAUCAACAAAAGAGAUUCUCUUCUCCGACUUUGGCGGCUGGACAGUUUUUUACCUUAACUGCUCUUGUAGGUCUUGCCUGUUUUCUCUGUGUCCUUUGCUUUUUACAAACACAGAGAUUUUGCCAUGUUACCCACAGGUUGGAGGGUCUGAGUUAGAGGAAGCUGAAUGUACAGAACUGAUGUGAUGUUACUACAAAACCCAUCAAUGCGAGGGGAUGUCAGGGAAUGAAUCAAACAAGCCUUCAUACUGCAAACCAAUGUAAAGCUCUAUGUAACUUUGUGUUUCAUUGUCAGUUUAUGGACUUAUUUUUGUUUCAAGAAACUUCCAUGUGACGAGUGGCUGGUUCAUAAGUGUUAUCUCUCUCUCUGUGGUCUUCAAUAUUUACAGAUAUUUAGCAGUAUAACUGUUUAGUGAUAAAAAUGAUCAUCCUGGACCUCUAAAGAAAAAAAAAUAUUAUUUGAAUGAGUUUUAUUAGAGGCAUCAAGUUAUGAGAAUUUUGUUUGAACUUUUCCGUUGAAGUGUCUCCAAAUAAAAACUGGUGGUGAGUGUCGAUAUCAAUCUUGUACUAAGUGAUUGAUCUUGACUGUAUAUUAAGACUUGGCAGAUAUAUACUGGAAGAAGUAUGGAGGUGAGUGAUAUUAAGUCACAAACUUGUAUUUGUUGGAUGAAACUGCUUUAAACAUGUAGCAUUACUACAUAUCAAUGCCACAGGGCAAAAAAUAGGCUUAAAUUUACUGAAUAUUGACAAAAU